CAGCAAAGCAUAUAGCCCAGGCGGAGGCGGGCGCACACGCGACGCACGCGCUUCAUCAGCCUCAGCGGCCGUGUGCGUCAGCUGCGGCCGCAUUUAGCGAGGCGGAAAGGGGGCCGACCCCGAGCGGAGCCCAACCCCAACUCGACCCGGGAAGGAGGGAGGAGAGAGAGGGAAGAGAGGGGGCGCGGCGAGGAGGCCGGCGGCGGCCGGAGAUGGGGGAGGUGGCCGCGCUGCGCCAGCUCGUCGGCCAGGUGCAGGAGCUCUGGGACCUCUACGGCGCCAACGCCCACCCGCUCCCCAGAUGGUAUUUACUUGACUUUGAACAUGGUUCAAUCAAAGAUGAUUAUUGUGGAGGACGGACUGGAUACAACUCGGAAUUACUGAAGAUCAUGGAGACUAACCAAUCUCCUCCUCGCAAACGACCGCGGAGGGAUCGAAACCGCGAGAAGGCGCCCUGCUCAAACACAACUGAGGUAAUGCAACAGGAGAUUUGGAAAGAGUUUCCUGAAGAUCUUUUCGAAACUGUCAUUGCAAGGCUUCCAGUUGCUGCAAUUUUUCGAUUCCGCACUGUCUGCCGAAAGUGGUCUUGUCUUUUGGGCUCAGACAGUUUCUCUCAUCAGUACUCUGAAGCUCCACGUGGACUGCCAUGGUUCUAUACAAUCACCCAUGAGAAUGCAAACAAUAAUGUUGCAGUGUAUGACCCUUCACUGAAGAAAUGGCACCAUCCAUCUGUUCCUCUUGCUCCUACAAAGAUAGUUAUUCCAGUGGCAUCUGUGGGUGGCCUUGUCUGUUUAUUGGAUCUGAGCCACAGGAAUUUCUACGUUUGCAACCCUCUUAGGCAAUCACUCAAGGAGAUCCCACCCAGAUCAGUCCAGGGAUGGUCAAGAGUCGCGGUAGGGAUGGUGUUGAACGGAAGAAGUUCUAGUCAUGGCUACAAAGUAAUGUGGUUAGGAAAUGAUGGGACUUAUGAAGUGUAUGACUCUACAAAGAACACGUGGUCUUGUCCAGGAGUUUUCCCUACAAGCUUCAAACUGCCACUUGUUCUGAAUUUCAGGUCGCAGCCUGUGGCGGUUGGCAGCACGCUGUACUUCAUGUGUUCAGAACCAGAUGGUGUUUUGUCAUAUGAUGUAAGCACCGGGAUUUGGAGACAGUUUACCAUCCCACUGCCACUGCAUCUGACUGACCACACACUUGCCGAGUUCCAGGGAAGGGUCAUGCUUGUGGGUCUGCUGUGCAAGAAUGCAGCGACCUGCGUCUGCAUAUGGGAGUUGCAGAAGAUGACUCUCCUCUGGAAGGAGGUGGACAGAAUGCCAAAUAUCUGGUGCUUAGAGUUCUACGGUAAGCACAUGAAGAUGACAUGCCUGGGCAACAGUGGUUUGCUCAUGCUCUCCUUGAAGGCGAAGCGGAUGAACCGCCUUGUUACAUACAACCUUUUUAAAAGGGAGUGGCAGAAGGUUCCUGAUUGCAUGCUCCCAUGCAGCCGCAAAAAGCAGUGGAUAGCAUGUGGCACAGCAUUUGAUCCGUGCCCCUCUGCCUUGGCCUGACAGGUCUUUUACCUUCUUCAGCCAAGCACGUUGAAAUUUUAGCGAUUUCAUAUCAUUGGCCAAUGUUUAGAUAUUUCUAUGUUAUUAUGACAAGGUUCUGUGUUGCAUACAAAUCCAUGGCACUGUGGUUUGUUUUGUAUCACGCUCAAGCAAUCAAACUGUUUCUUUUAUCACCUGUCAGAAUUUGGGUCGGGAAGCUACGAUGUCAACUGGGCAAGCUGACCUGAAUAUGUUAAAGGUUAUUGUUGUCGAAAUUGGGAGUCAUGGUUUUUGUAUGUUUGGUUAUCAUCUCGUUAAGUUUGUAAUGUUUCUGGAUAUGCAGUCAUCUGCCCAGAACUGAGUUUAUACAAUAAUAACCGGGAUAUUAAUGUUUUGAUUCUGGUGCAUGGAGAUGUCAGCCUGUACCUGUUGAUUA